AUGGCGGCCAACUUCUGGACAUCCACCCAACGGGCACACUGGCAGCUCACCCGAGAGAAGAUUGCAGAUAUGCGAAGAGGCCUUGAUGAGGAGGACACCAAUAAAGGGCUGGGCCUUGCUUUCCCAUUACCGGAUCAUAAACAAUUACAGUUGUAUUUUCAUCACUAUUCAGAGAAUUCUACAGGUCUGCAACGUUUAGCUCGUCGUCUUCAGCUCCGGCAACAACCCCAAGCCACAGCAGAAACAUAUCUUAAGAGAUUCUACCUCAAGGUUUCAAUACGGGACACCAAUCCGUACCUUAUGCUGUCAACUUGCGUCUACCUGGCUUGUAAGAUGGAGGAAUGCCCCCAGCACAUCAGAAGCGUCGUUAAUGAGGCGAGAACUUUGUUUCAGGAGUUUAUCCCGCAAGACAUCGCCAAGCUUGCGGAAUGUGAAUUCCACCUGAUAUCAGAAUUAAACUCUUAUCUGAUCGUCCACCACCCCUACCGAACACUAAUGGAGGUACAGGUACCGUUGAAAUUGUCUCCGGACGAGAUAAUGGCUGCAUGGUCGUUUCUAAAUGACUCCUAUAUUACUGAUUUGAUAUUACUUUAUCCGCCACAUACUAUAGCAUUUACUGCUAUAUUUCUAGCGGUGUUUGUCCGACCUGCAAUACACACGCAAGCAAAUUUAAAUGCUUCUGGUUCCACGGCGUUAGGUAUGGGCACCGCUGCGGGAGCGGGUGGCAGCAUAGUUCAGCCGUCGGUUGGCCAGAGUGCUGCCGUAUCCGCAGCAUCCGGUAUCAACCCUCAGAACCAUAGUAGCGCGAGAUUGUCUCAGAUGAGCGAGUGGUUUGCAGAAUCAGGUGUUGAGAUGGAGGCAAUAAUCGAAUGCACACAAGAAAUGAUCUCGCUAUAUGAUGCCUGGGAGACAUGGACGGAUAAAGUGUGUAGGGAAAGUGUUGCCAGAUUGAUCAGGGGGCGUCAGCUAUCAUAG